AUAAAGGAGAACCAAGAUCAACACUCCUGGUGAAUAUUAAUUUGUCGGCUAUUAUCGACCAAAUUUCUUACAGCGAAGAGUAUACGCAGAUUAUAUAUAUGAUUAUAUAUUACAUAUAUAUAUAUAUAUAUAUGUAUAUGUAUAUAUGCACGCCGCGCGCACACACGUGUUUAUAUGCAAUAAACGAAGCAGCCUGAAAGUUGUGUCGUCGUGCUACGGAGAAACAAAGUCAACGAAUAGACUGCUUCAUUUCGAACCGUUCGAUAGAUGGUGACCAUUCGUCUCUAUAGAUUGAUCAUUGGAAAAGGACAAAUAUCGCAAUAUGUAUAAAUCGAGUCAGGAACCGGAUAUACCCGCGGCAUUGGGCUUGCUGACGCUUUUAAGUAAUGAAGAAUUAAAGGAUAUAUUGAAUGACGAUAGCAAGUUCGAAGACAUCGUAAAGGACAUUAAGCAGUUUAAAGAACUUGAAACCGAAAAAGAAGUACUUAUGGCUAGCAACAGAUCGUUGGCAGAAUUUAAUCUUUCAAAACAGCCAGAAUUAGAAGAAGGUAAACAAAUUUUAAAAGAACUCAGCGACAAGGGACAUCGAUUAUGCUUCAGCGUCAAGGAGAAGCUCAAUGAGAUGAAGGAUAGAUCGGGAAUUAUGACAGUCGACACUGCAUUAGACCUUUUGCAAGCGGCUGCUGCAGAAAUUGAGGAGGAAUCGGAGAAAGUGGCUGAAAAAUUUUUAGCUGGCGAUAUGGAGGUGGAUGAAUUUUUAGAACAAUUUUUAUCAAGACGAAAAUUAAUGCACUUACGUAAAGUUAAAGUCGAUAAGAUCAGAGAAAUAAUGCGAAAAUCCUCGCAUCCUUCGUCCUAUUUUACUUCUAACUUUCCUGGAAUUGCGCCUUCCAUACCAUAUCCAACCGGGCCGGUAUCAAUGCCAAUGCCCAUACCAUCAGGCCCUUCACUUUAUAGACCAUAUUGAAUAGGCCUACAUUUUCUUUCUCUUCACUUUUCUUUUCUUUUGUAAAUAAUGGCAUGAUAUAUGAAUACCUACGUCGCGUUGUAUUUGGAAAAUACAAAAGACGAUUGAAAUAUUUCAUAGGAGUUUGGAUUUUUCUGAAAAUGAUGCAAAGUUUCGUUUAUAAAGCUUCGAAAGUAGUUAUUGUCCCUUGAAUUGUAUAUAAUUGUAAUUAUAUUUUCGUAUUUAGGUAUUAAUCCUAUCUACAGUCUACCUCUCACUAAGAAUUUCAUUUCCAAGAGUAGCCUAAAUUAAAUGUACACACAAACACAAAAGUCGUCUUAACAGGAGCUAUUGAGAAAGUAAAAUACUAUGAAAUACUCUUUUCGCAAGUGUAAUUAUUUACAUUAAUAUCAAUAAAUUUCUACUCUUGAACGAUUCAACUAUA